UUCCUGCCAGGACUAGCGGCUCCCGGGAAGUGGCCGGCCGAGCGGAGCUGCGCAUGCGUCACGUGCCCCUGUGGCGUAGGACCUCGUCCCGUCGCGACUCACCACCAGGCGGGGACUGGUGCUGAGGGGCGUCGGCCGCCACAGAGGAAAUGGGGGCAGGCCGUACGGGGGCUGUGCUCGCCGCCCUGGGAGUUCUUAGUGUCUGUGCGGCCAGCGGCUCAGGGCCAGUGGUGGAGGGGGAUACCCGCGGGGGGACGGAGUGGGCGGAGCCGUGGGAUGGCGCAGUUUUCCGGCCUCCCUCACCGCUGGGCGCAGUGGGGGUGGCGCGCAGUCCGUUGACCCCGCCGCCGGUGAGGAAGGAGGCGGUGGAUUUGCCGGUGCUGCUGUGGUGGAGCCCAGGGCUAUUUCCUCACUUCCCGGGCGACUCGGAGCGCAUCGAGUGCGCGCGCGGCGCGUGCGUGGCGUCCCGGGACCGACGGGUGCGGGGAGAUUCGCGGACGCGCGCUCUGCUCUUCUACGGCACCGACUUCCGCGCGUCUGAGGCGCCGCUGCCGCGCCUGGCACACCAGAGCUGGGCGCUCCUACACGAGGAGUCGCCCCUCAACAACUUCCUGCUGAGCCACGGUCCGGGCAUCCGCCUCUUCAAUCUUACGUCCACCUUCAGCCGUCACUCGGACUACCCGUUGCCGUUGCAGUGGCUGCCAGGCACCGCCUAUCUGCUCCGCGCGGCGCCUCUGCUCCAGGAGCGCGCCGAGUGGCGCCGCCGCGGCUACGCGCCCCUGCUGUAUCUGCAGUCUCACUGCGACGUGCCUGCGGAUCGCGACCGCUACGUGCGCGAGCUCAUGCGCUACAUCCCGGUGGAUUCAUAUGGGAAAUGCCUGCAAAAUCGGGAGCUGCCCAUUCCGCGGUUACAGGACACAGCCACAGCCACCACCGAGGAUCCAGAGCUCCUGGCCUUCUUGUCCCGCUAUAAGUUCCAUUUGGCCCUCGAAAAUGCCAUCUGUGAUGACUACAUGACGGAGAAACUGUGGCGCCCCAUGCAUCUCGGUGCCGUUCCUGUGUACCGUGGCUCUCCCUCUGUGCGGGACUGGAUGCCCGACAAUCACUCCAUCAUCCUCAUUGACGACUUUGAGUCGCCGCAGAAGCUGGCAGAGUUUAUUGACUUUUUGGACAAGAACGAUGAGGAGUAUAUGAAAUAUCUGGCAUACAAGCAACCUGGGGGCAUCACCAACCAGUUCCUUCUGGAUAGUCUGAAGCAGCGGGAGUGGGGAGUGAAUGAUCCUUUACUGCCUAACUACCUUAACGGCUUCGAGUGUUUCGUCUGCGACCACGAACUGGCUCGGCUAGAGGCCGAGAAGGCCCACGCAGCCUCUCCUGGGGACAUCCCCGUCCCUGAGCCUCAUAUCGCCCAGCCCUCACACAUGAGCUGCCCAGUGCCCACACCUGGCUUUGGUGCCAUAGAAGAGAUUCCUGAGAAUGACAGCUGGAAGGAGAUGUGGCUGCAAGAUUAUUGGCAAGGUCUGGACCAGGCGGAAGCUCUCACAGCCAUGAUCCACAACAACGAGACAUUGCAGAGGAAAUUUUGGGAUUACCUAACUGAGAUCUUUAUGAAAAGGAACCAGAAUCUCUAAUUACUCUUGCAAGAGUCCUUAACUUGAUAGAGCUAAGGAGAUGGAGGUUUUUAUUCUACCAUACGACGUGAAGGGUAUCUGCUGCACAGAUCCUUAAUGAACACUCUCUUACCAUGGAUUCAAAGGAUAAACUGUAUCCACAGAUAUUUUAGUCUAAUGGUGUGUAGCCAGAGUCUUAGCCUUAUAGGUAAUAGGGCCUCUCCUCGAGGAAAGAUGGAAGCAUCCAGUUCUUGGUUUUGCGGGAAGCAGAAGCCUGAAACACGCAUUUGAUUCAAGGUGCUGAUCAACAGCGUUUUUAAGGAAUUGCUUAUUUCUCUAGCCAUUUCAUCCUCUCAGUUGUGAGUGGGACAACAUGUUAAUAUUUGGCUGUGAAUGAGGUAAGAUGGGCCAGGUUUAAAACUUCUCUUGUGCUAUUCCUCAAACCACUCAUUAUUACUCAUUACCUUUCCUAAUCUCUUUUGCUCAUCUCUUGGUUUUUAAAGUGUUGUGUUGGUGGUGAAGCAAAACUCCUGGUGAGUUGUGUUCUGGUCCCUGGAGUUGUAUUUUUUAAAAUCAUUUACUUUGCUUUUCAUGUCAGCCUUUAAAAUUUUUAUUAUUAUUAUUUGUGGGCAUGUGUGUGUGGCUUUUUGGCCGCACCCAGAGCAUGUGGAAGUUUCCUGGCCAGGGAUCAAACCCAAGCCACAGCAGCAACCAGAACCACUUCAGUGCCAAUGCUGUAUUCUUAACCUGCUGCGCCACAAGGGAACUGCUUAACUUUUAAUUUUGAAUAGCUUUUUCUUUCCUGGUGUUCCAUAAUUUCUGAUGGAGAUGGAGUAUCCUCGCCACCCUUCCCACAUUCAUUAUCCCCUGUAUUAAAUUGGCUAUAGGUUUGCCAGCUUUUUUACUGCUGGUUUGCUUUUUAUCUAGGGGAUAUCUAGAAUUCUUUCUCACUUCAUGAAUAGAAAGAUUCAGUGACUGGAGUUCCCAUCAUGGCGCAGCAAAAACACAUCCAACUAGGGACCAUAAGAUUUCAGGUUCAGUUUUUGGCCUCGCUCAGUGGAUUAAGGAUCCGGCCUUGCCGUGAGCUGUGGUGUAGGUCGCAGACACAGCUUGGAUCUGGUGCUGCUGUGUCUGAGGCAUAGGCUGGCAGCUGCAGCUCCUGUUGGACCCUUAGCCUGGGAACCUCCAUAUGAUACAGUGACUAAUAAAUGUCGUAUAAAUUUAAUGAAUUGUCCUUCUCUAUUUUUGGCUGGAGAUGGAGACUAAGCCUGGAAAUGAUGAUAGAAAAAGCUGUAAUGAUUUUGAAGUGUUAAAAUAGCCCAUUGUGAAUCAAAGUGCAAAUUUUUAUAGGUUUUUGUUCUUUUCUGUCUGCCUAAUGAACUCUUCUACUUUAUUAUUUUUGUAUGCCUCAAAAGUCCCAUUUCCCCCCCCCCCCAAAAGUCAUGAAAUUAUGGUGGACAAAACAGCCCAGCAAUAUAGCUGUAUUAAUUAUCUCAUAUUCUGAGGCACUUUUCACUUUAAGUGGGAUAAAUAUUCCAACUUCAUUCAUUCUAUUACUGAUACAAGGCACGACUUUAUAGUACUUUCUGAGACUACAUUUUGAUGGAGCCCAUCCAAGGCCCUAAGCUCAAGGGGAUGAGAGGUAAGGCAAGACAUACAAGCCAUCAUAAGGGGAUAUAGGCAAACCCUCCAUUUGCUGUGGUUUAAACAUACAGCUUAAUGGGCAAGGAGACCAUUUGCUUUUUCUGGGGCAGUGGAACAAGAAAGAAUGCUAUGUAUCUUAGAACUACCCUGGUUGUAAUGUUGUAUUAAUGAAUUAUCACUAGAGAAGUUUCAUAGCUUAUCAAUAUAUCUGGUUUAGAAUAUGUGUGUAUCUGUAUACACACAAAUUUACCAACAUAUAAAUACGGUUGCAAAGACAAGAGGAAGAUUUUAUGACUUCAGUAUAGACUGUGUAUAAUCUUGUCCUUAUAUAAGGUUUUGUUUGUUUUUAUUAUUUUGAGCAAAAUGCUAAGCUAUUCUGUGUAUGAUGAUAACAGUUUGUGUUUAAAUUUAAGAAAUAUAGCUCUUUAUUUAACAUCAAAGCCAACAUCAUGUUUAAUUUUUUUAAAAUGACACCUACUUUGAAUUCAGUAAAGAUCUAUAGAGAAUUUAUAUAACUUUAGGCUGGCAUGAAACUAUAUAAUAUCCCACAAAGUGGAAAUCCUACAACAGAACUCCCAAUAAACAUUUUAUUUGUUUAUAUAUGAGAUGCUUCAAUAACUAGGGCCCCACACUUAUCGUGACACCUAAAGAUGUGGCCAAGGAAACCUAUUUAGGCUGGGUUUCACUGCCAACGUGGCUCUUUUUCCAGUUUAUUUAAUAAAAAAUACUUUUCAUAAGAGCAUGGAAAGUUUGCUUACCCAGUUUGGACUUUCACAGAAAACAGGAGGGGAAGACCUUCAAAAAUACUUCUGUUAAAAUUUGAUAUAGUAGAGACCCUUACAAAAGAAGUCAAAUUCAGGACUCUGAUUUCUAAGCCUGCACUCUAUUUAAAUGCUGAUGCUGGUUUAUAGAAUGCAGAAUACAUAUUACAACCAUGUGCAAACUAAUGUUCAGACUCAAAUUUCAUUAUGUGCAAUAAAAAUGGUAAGUGAUGGUUAUGCAAGGGGUAGAAUCAUCCUUUCCUUACCUGUCUCAUUACACCAAUUCACAUUGGCAUUACUUUAGCACUUUUAUGUAUAAAGUAGGCCAGUUGUUUAUGAAUGAUUGUGGCCGGAGACUCAUGCCUGCUUUGUGACCAGUGCUCCCCAGACUUUCUCCUUUAUUCCCUAUUACCACAGAAGUAUUCAUAAAAGAGCAGGGAAGGCCAGGUGCUACGGAUCCACAAGGGAAGGCAGCACCAGAAAUAGCCACCUAGCUAUCCAACUAAAGGCUUCUCUUUCUCUAUAGAGAAAGCAAGCAAUGUGAAUUUUCGCUAGUUUGGGACCCAGCCUGCAUUCUGUUCAGCAGCAGGCUUGGGGUUAUUGGUGGUAGAAGUGUCUGAUAGGAAUCAGCUUUAUUUGUGUUGCUGGAGUCAGGGUGGAACUUGGGGCUGAUGCCCUUACUAUUCCCAGGUGUUGCUGUUUUCUAUUGUCUCAGGUUUCAUUUUGUAUAAUAAAUGGCUUCUUUUGAAA